CUUUGCAACAUCACUUCCUGGUUGAGUUCACGUGCUUGAUCUGUGCUUUUCAGUUUUCUUCACGUUUACUUCUCAGGUCAAGAAAAAGUUAAAUCAUGGCCAAAGACAAAUCUGUGACAGAUCCGGCUAAAAGGAAGAAAUUGACUUCAAAUGUCAUGGAUCAUGCGGAAGAAAUGAUGGAAACCAAGAUAAAAAAGAAAAAGAAAAAGAUGGAGAUUGAGGAGGCACCAGUAGAUAUUCCUCAUGUGACAAUCAAAACCAGUGAUAAAAAACAGAAGAAAACAAAGAAGACAAAGCAAACUAAGACGCACGAGGUGGAGGGAGAGGAGGACUUGAGCCCCGAGGAGAAACGGGUUAUGGAGAGGAAGAUGAAGAAGAUCCUUAAAAAGGAAGAGAAGAAGAGGAUUAAAGCUGAGGGAGAGACCGUACAGAAAGCCGAAGCAACUGGACCCAAUGCACCUCAGCAGGCCUUAGAUUACCUCACCUGCUGGGCGGAAAACCGUACAGAGUGGAAGUUCCAGAAGACCAGGCAGACGUGGUUACUGCAGCACAUGUUUGAAUUUGAAAAGGUUCCAGAUGAGAAGUUCUCCGUGCUGCUCCAGUAUCUGGAAGGGCUUCAAGGAGGGUCCAAAGACACCACAGUCCAGAAGGCCUUAGCCCUGGUUGAAGAGUCAGGCAAAGCACCAGAGGACAAAGAUAUCCAGCAGAGGGCGCACAGAGCCAGAGAAAUCAUCCAGCUGCUCUCCUGAACCCAUCACCAUCAAACAAACACAUGAAGCCCACUAGAAAAAAAGACUGGAACCCGUUUGUUUAUCAGUGGACUUAAUGAUCACCCUGAUUAUAGAUAAGGUUUAAACAUGUUGUAUUAUAUGUAGCUUUGGGACUGGCCCUUUAUGGAAAGGAUGUGUUUUGAUUAAAUUACCAGUAUUGCGUUCAUUAUUUAUUUUUUAUUUCAAUGUGUCCAGGUGACUUUUUCUUCUCUAUUUUGUGAGUGAAUUGUUUCCUUGUAGUAUUCAGUCAUCAUUUUUAUAUGGUAUGAAAUCUUACAAAUAUUUUUUUUUAUUACAAGUUACACAGUAGCUACUUUUUCCACCUCCAAAUGUAAAUAAUUCAGAGUCCAGUUUCACCAUUAAGGACUGAUGAAGUGAAGUGCAAAUCCACCCAAAGAUGCAACAGAAAGCUGACAGAGUGCUGGAGUCAAACGUUUCAGGAAUGUGUGUAGUCAAAACAUGUUUGUGCAUGUCAAAGCCCAUAAUAUGUGAAGUCACUGAUCAGAAUAACUUCAUCCACUCCAAUAAAAGAGAAUACAAUUAUUAACAGUGUUGGACGCGAUGAUGUCUCCUCCCCGGUGCAAGACAUACAGUUUUUCAGUGCACCAACCAAAUGCAGUACAGAGUACAAAUCUUCACCUGCAACAGUUUUUAGGGACCCGAUUUUCUCUUGUGAAGUUUGUAAACCUGAUGAGACAUAUAUACACAUUCAACUUUUUCCGCCUCUCAAAAUGUUAUUUUUAUUUUAUUUCUCAAUAAGUUGCAUGAUGAUGGGAUUUGAUUCAAUAACAAGACUGACAAUUCAGAGUCUCGUAAAUCCUAAAAAGAAGGG